AAGGCAAUUGCACCAUUUCAAUUGAGUGUAUUAUAUACGCUAGUGGGUGAUAUUAGACUCAAUUGAAUUUAACUAAAUAAAUGAUGGCAGGCGUAAUAAAUUUAAAUUGGCGAGCUCAAAUGUGAACGCUGAAAGCUUCGUAGCCGAAAUUAAGCAACAGUAUGUUAGCGGUAUUAAAUGCGAAUAGCGGUUGAAUAGCGAUAGCGGUAAAAGAUUCUAACGCGAGUGAAGAAAGUUUUCAUAAAAAAUAGUAGUUUUAAAGUGAAAAGUUUUUGAAGAAAAGUUUUGAAAAAAAUGUCUUCAAUGAACUGUGCCAAAUGAAAGUUGGACCAUGAUGAAUACAAAAUUUGCAUUGCAGAAAACUGGAAGGGUCCAAAAACUAGUUCUCAAAUAAAUACCCUCCAACUAUCCAUGGAAUAAUCUUGCAUGCUGAUAAUUUUUUGGUUUAAGUGCAGUGAUCAUAAUUAAAAAUUCAUAACAGCUUCCCUAAUUGUUUAGAAACGUCGUUAAAAAUGUGAUGCGAGGGUAAAGAAGUAGCCCAAUACAAACUUAAUUUUUAACAACAAAAAAAAUCAACGAAAUCACGCUCCAAUACACAUUCCGCAACGCAAAAAAUGUUUGCGCUCCAGCAAGUCACAACCAUGACCGCAGCUUGCUUGCUCUGCUCCAUUCUCUUCGCCGUUUGGCCAAAAGUGAUACUUUGUCGACCCUCGCAAGAUUAUUCCACCGACGGCACCGAGCUGGUCGUCGUUAAGGAAAUUGUGCGCUGCACUCGCCAGGGACUCCACGAACUGUGCCAGAACGCCACAACAACGAAUGAAGAUGAAGAGCAGCACACCGCGCUUAAUGCGGAUAAUGAGUCAGUGAUGGAUGUUGUGGAUGAUUUGAUUUUGUUAGAGAAGAAACCAAAGUCAACGCAACGACCACAACCACAACCACAACCACAGCAGCAACAACAACAACAACAACUGCACCAACAUCAGCGCAAACAAACACAUCCCUACGGUACUUAUCAACAACAAAGUGAAUUGCUGACAUCUGCCGCCGCGCGGGAGGACACAUUAGUUUCUGCCGCCGCUGCGGCGCCAGCCAUUGGCGAUCCCUCCGAUUCCACAGCGUUCGGCAGCUCAUAUCAUCAGGAAACCUUUGACUCGGACAGCGAUAGUAGUGAUGCGGCAGGAGAUGAACGCGACAACGUAGCAGCUAACACCAAAACUACCGACGUAGAUGCUGUCAAUGCCGCGGCUGCCGAUGAAAUUAUAGCCGAUGGCGUCCUGUUUCACGGCGUGUUGCUGCGAUUGGCCGACGGGCCGCACAGCUUGCCUCAACCGGUGCCGCCCGUUGACGUGAGCGAUUUCGUGUCAUUAAUGCCGGCCGAAGAGGUUAAAUCGAUUGCCGCCAAUUACUAUCACAAUGAUGCGGAAGUGCGUCGGGCCUACGCCUAUUUGAGUGGACCGGAUUUUGUAGCGCUGCGUCAGCGCAUUGUGGCAUCGCCGGAAGUGGGCGCAUUUUUGCAAUAUUUAAAUGUGAGCGGGUUUGAUGUGUUGAAAUUUGUAUCCGCUAUUGCAAAUUUGACAAUAAUAGAGGAUAAUAUGCGUGACGGUAUGCGGAUAAGUGGUGCGGAAUAUCCCAGUAGUGAAAGUGAGCAACAUUUCCAGGUUGGAACGACCAGUCCGGUGGUGAAUGAAGUGUCCAAAACCGAGCAAAAUAUGCCACCAAACACCAACACAGUGCCGACACCAACACUAACACUACCGGCAACUAAAUAUGGCUUUGAUGAAACUAUGUCAAUGGCAUCAACAAAAUCGCCAAUAGCCACAACGAAAUUCGAUGAACCAACAUCGCAACAGGAAGAGCAACUCAACGGCUUGCAUGGCUUAGUCGAUAGCAUUUUGGAAAUAUUGCCGCAGGAUCAAAUUCUGGCAACAUUCUUUGAUAAACUCGAAACGGAUGAGAAUUUUAGAAAAUUUGUGAACAACAUACAACGGCCAGCAUUCGCGCAAUACUCAGCAAAAUGGAG